AUGACAUGUCAAACCUUAAUAUCAUUACUUCUGAAACAGGUCAGCUCCAAAAAUUUAAUAAAUUUAGAAAACGUUAAAAACAUAUUUGUCAAACAAAGAUGUCAAACCUUAAUAUCAUUACUUUUGAAACAGAAAUUCCUAUUCGUUGUACUCGCCUGCUUUGCUUUUGCUGCCGCUGAUGUAUCUCACUUAGGUAAUAGUGAUGGAUAUCAUUAUGAUCCACCACAUCAUGAAGAAGUUGCUGCCGUUCCAGCUGCACCAGCUCCAGAAUAUUUACCACCUCAACAUGAAGAAGUUGCUGCUGCACCAGCUCCACCUCCACCACCACCACCAGCACCAGCACCAGAAUACUUACCACCACAACAUGAAGAAGUUGCCGCUGAACCAGCAUCAGCUGAAUUAGCUAGUGAUGGUUACCGUUAUAGAACUGUUAAAAAAUUAAGAUACCGUUACCUUAAGGAUGCUUCAAUUGUUUGUAUUUUUUUAUGCUGUCCAUCAGGUACGCGGUUGAAUAUUAUUAACCGAAGAAGCUUACAAUUGAAAUUCUUAUUCGUUGUACUCGCUUGCAUUGCUUUCGCUGCCGCUGAUGUAUCUCACUUAGGUAAUAGUGAUGGAUAUCAUUAUGAUCCACCACAUCAUGAAGAAGUUGCCGCUGUUCCAGCUGCACCAGCACCAGAAUAUUUACCACCUCAACAUGAAGAAGUUGCUGCUGUACCAGCUCCACCUCCACCACCACCACCACCACCACCACCACCAGCACCAGAAUAUUUACCACCCCAACAUGAAGAAAUUGCCGCUGAACCUGCAUCAGCUGAAUUAGCUGAUGAUGGAUAUCAUUAUAGAACUGUUAAAAGAUACAGAUACCGUUAUCUUUAUUCAAAUAAUUUAUCACAUCUAAGACUAUUAAUUGGUUCCAAAUUCUUAUUCGUUGUACUCGCUUGCAUUGCUUUCGCUGCCGCUGAUGUAUCUCACUUAGGUAAUAGUGAUGGAUAUCAUUAUGAUCCACCACAUCAUGAAGAAGUUGCCGCUGUACCAGCUGCACCAGCACCAGAAUAUUUACCACCUCAACAUGAAGAAGUUGCUGCUGCACCAGCUCCACCUCCACCACCACCACCACCACCACCACCAGCACCAGAAUAUUUACCACCCCAACAUGAAGAAAUUGCCGCUGAACCUGCAUCAGCUGAAUUAGCUGAUGAUGGAUAUCAUUAUAGAACUGUUAAAAGAUACAGAUACCGUUAUCAAAACGUCCUAAAAUCAAAACCAGUAAAAGUUUCAAACAGCUCAUGUAAUUGGAAAAGUAGUGCUUCGUUUACAAAAAUUUCUAAAUUCUUUUUGAUUGCAUUUGCGUGUUUUGCUGUUGCUGCUGCUGAUGUGUCACAUCUAGCUGAAGCUGGUGGAUAUCAUUAUGAUCAGCCACAACACGAAGAAAUUGCUGCUGCACCACCACCAGCACCAGCUCCAGAAUAUUUACCACCCCAACAUGAAGAAGUUGCGGCUGCACCCGCUCCUCCUCCACCACCACCACCACCACCACCAGCACCAGCAUCAGAAUACUUACCACCUCAAACAGAAGAAAUUGCUUCUUCAGUAAUAGAACCAGCAGAACCCGCUCCUGCUCCUUUACCAGCUCCAAUUCCAGAACCAGCACCAAUCCCUGCACCAGCUCCAGAACCAAUUUUAUCAGCUGCUCCAGAACCUGAACCAGCUCAUAUUUUAGCAGAUGAUGGAUAUCAUUAUAAGACUGUUAAAAGGUACAGAUAUCGCUAUCGUUAUUAA